UGUGCUUACGUACAUCAGUCACGAGGACAUGCUGAAAAAAAGAAGCGAGGGUUAAAUAUUAAAAAGAAAAAAAAUAAGCAAAUAGGUGAAAAACAAUGUAUUACAGAGGUGGGUCACGUGAGUAAUUAUUAGCCGGUAAUCCAGUCGCCAUUAACCCAGCGUCGACUUAAUAUAUGGUGCAUGUGGUCCGGUCAGUCACAGUAAAACAGUUGUACGUUACGGAACUCUGAAGGAUCUUAAUGGCUUGCUAACAGUAACAAACGCAGGAGAGCGAAAAUACAUAGAAACUUGUUAAAACAAAGUUUUUUGCCUUUUCUUUUUUUUUACAUUUUCACCUUAAUCAAAAAAAUAUAUUUGAAUAUAUUUACGAAUAUGCAUCGCUAUUUGGCUAUGGAUAUUCCUCAAACAUUUUCAUGUUUUCUUUUCUUCACAUUAUUGCCCUCAAUUUCUGCACAGUUUCCAAGAGUAUGUGCGGAAAAUGCCACCACUCCUGAUGGAAUUUGUUGUCCAACAAGACCAGGUGAUACACUUCCAUGUGGCGGUCCAUUACGGGGAUUGUGCCGGCCAAUAGAUUUUACCAACGAGGUUGAUCUGGUCCCACCUGAAAACAAGAUGGACGAUCGUUUUAACUGGCCCACACGUUUCUUUAAACAAGCAUGUGACUGUCGUGGUAACUAUGAUGGUUUUAUGUGUCAGCACUGUGAUUAUGGAUUUACAGGACUUAAUUGCACCAAAAAACUUCGUCGCAUUCGCAAAGAUUACAGGAAAUUAACUAAAGAAGAGAAAGACGAGCUUCUUCGUGGUAUUUUACUGCUGAGUGAGACAGACAGUGAUUAUGCAGUUUUGGAUACUACUGCUUCAGUGGAUCCUGCAGUGAACCCAACAUUUGUAAAUGUAUCGGUGUACAAUUAUUUAGCUUAUUUCCAUUACUAUGUGGCUAGGAGGACACUUGUGAAGCCUAUAGAAAAGUGUCAAACGGCAGCCUUCGUGCCCGAUUUUGCUCACGGAGGACCGGUGUUCAGUUCGUGGCACCGAGCAUAUCUCUUACUUUGGGAAAUGGAAAUAGCAAGAGCCCUGAAAAAUCCAUCGUUUUCUUUCCCCUAUUGGAACUGGACUGAAUCAGGUAGAAAUUGUGAUGUGUGUACCAACGAUUUUAUGGGUCAUACACCUGAUAACAAAAACGGAACACUUGAUACUUUGUCUUUGUUUUCGGAGUUCUCCGUAUAUUGCGUACCGACUCUGGGCGGCUGUGCAGGCUGCAACGUGUCAACACCGAGUGGGAAGAUUAUUCGACGCCCAGGCAACAACCCUGAAUAUCGCUCACUUCCUCCUUUGAGGGAUGUAGAGUUCUUGAAGGCCGUUAAAAACUAUGACACUUUACCGUACGACACACGCAGUGGUAAUAACAGCUUCAGAAACCUUUUGGAAGGGUUUGCGAAUAGAGAAGGACCAACCACCGGUAGAAUGUACACUCAUAAUCAGGUCCAUGCUUUCAUGAAUGGAACAUUUUCUGAAUUGGUUACAGCUGCAUUCGACCCUGUUUUCCAGCUUCAUCAUGCAUUCGUAGAUAAAACUCUGGAAAUUUGGAUCAGAGAAAACCAACCAGCUUACUCAGAGCUGCCAGUAUUUGAAGCCCCGCCGGGUCACGGUAGAAUGGCCAACAUGGUGCCGUUCUUUCCAGUAGAAAAGAACUUCAUGAUGUUUGCUCACUCACACGCUCUUGGCUACGACUAUGACGAUUUGGUUGUAGAAGAUGUACCGAAAACUUCGCUCAGUCCAGUUUGGAUUAUUGUUAUUGUCGAAGCUGGUCUUUUACUGCUUCUGCUGGCAAUCAUCAUCGAAUUGGCACGCACACGUAAUCACCGUUCCCAAGCAAGACAACUGAGUUCCACGUCCGUGCAUAACAACGUCACCGCUGACACAGCUGAUGAAGAACAACCAAUAUUCCAACCAGGAAACCCAACUUACAGAACCUAUAAUGCUGCCGAGAAUUCAUAGUGGAAGAAAGAAAACAUAAUUUUUUUUAUAUUACUUAAUUUAUCUAUCUUUACGUAUGCGAAAGCAUUUUGACAUUUAUCCAGCAUCACAUUUUCGUUUUUGUUUUCUUUUUUGUUUUGUUUUUUGUUUGUUUUUUGUUUUGUUGUUUGCUUCUACAAUUUCUACUUCCGCCGCUGGCUCACCCAGCCAGAUCUUUGUGUGUGCGUGCAGAAAAAUGUCCCUUCACCUACAUAAAAAAAUAUAUAUAUCGUCAAUGGAGCUUCUUUCUAUACUGUCAAUCGACCAGCAAAAAUUAGCAGCUAGAUCUUCAUCAAAUCACUUUUUACUGCAUUUUUAAAAGAAAUUUACAGAAGUGUUUGAAUAUGUUCUUAAGGAUAAACAAUUGAAAUCUAACAGAAGUGCGUUGUAAGUUGCUUGAAACAUUGUGAUACAGAAGGAAAAUAACAAAAUAGUGGAAACAGAGAGCUUUUUUUCAAUGUGAAAGGGGAAAAGUUUAACGACCUUCAUAUAUUUCAGGCACGAAAUAUAUAAACGUUACUAAUCUUAUCCCUUUUCUCCUUGUAAGCAGCUCUCCGUCUUCAUUAUGUUGUUAUUUUACUUCUGAAAUUAAAAGAUUUCUGUGUGGAAAAUAAAAUAAAAUAAAAUAAAAUAAAGAUACAGAGAAAAUCGUAUAUUUUACAACAAAAUUAAUAUUAAAAGGAUUGCAAACAGAGACUGUCCUAAGAAUUUGAAUAGGAUCUUAAGGCCAGAACUACUGAAAAUAAUAGGUUUCGGUAAAAAAAAAAUAAUAAAAUAAACCAAUACAGUUUUGGGUUCGCUAAUGAGGUUAGGGUAAAACCAAACCAUGAUCGGAGUUGUCUAUCUUACUUACCCAAUAAUAUGGGUCAUUUUUUUUAUCCCACAGCAUACUUAUUUCUAGCUACCACAAAAGUACCCAAGGCAUUAAAUAUGUUAAUACUAAUACGUUUCUUUUCUCAUGCGGAUGACAUCUCUGAGUAGUUUAUUCUUUAAUUAUAGAUCGAACAUUAAUAAAUACCAUGGAAAGUACUUGACUGGUAAUCACAGAGAUAUAAGUUCGAGUCUCAUGGCUGGCUGCUGACAAUUUUUUUGUCUGUAAUAUAAAGAUGCUAUCCUAUUUACGCUGUUCAUGCAUAAUUCUGCACUUGAGAAUAAACUAUCUCCAUAUCUGUAUAUCUCAAUACAUCUCCACAUUUCCACAUACAAAGCAAUCUUCGUUUGUGUGUGCGUGUGUGUAUGUAUUGUUAGAAUGGCUAAAACACGCGCCCGACGCAAACCCACACUCGCACUCACGUUCACACACACACACACACACACA